AUGUCUGAUGUGAGUGAACACAUGGGGACAGAAGACCUGGAAUCUCUCAUGUUCCUGUUGAGGGGUUCUUUACCCAGAGAGAGGUGGACCAGAAUCAAGGUAAGAGGCCAGGCCUGUGGCACAAAUGGCUUCCUAUUCCCUAUAUAGUGCACUACUUUUGACCAGAGCCCAUAGGGCAGGAACAGGGUGCCAUUUGGGACAGACACCAGGUCUCUGAGGCCUGCAUACCUAACGCUAACCAUUCAGAGGGCUUUACUGAGUCAUUACUCUCUUUUGGUUAACACUCACAGAAUAACAACCUGUUAUUUAAUUACAGACAAGCCUGAUCUGAUUAUGUAAUGAAAUAUUUCUGAAUUUUGAAAUACCAGUAGGUGUGCUGUAUAUGUAUCGUGUAUUACUGUGAGAACAUUCCUCAUCAUCUGUGGUAUGUUUCCUGAGGAUCUAGUUAUUGUUCUGAACCAUAGAACCAUUUAAACUCCUCUCUCUGUGUGACAGAGUUUCCUGGAUGUCAUAGUUGAACUGGAGAAACUGGACAGAGUGUCGUCUGAGAAGGUGGAGCUGAUAGAACGAUGUCUGAGGGACAUCAGCAGGGUUGACCUGGUCAGGAAGGUCAAAGGGUACCAGAACCAGACGUCAGGAUAUUGGAUGGAGAUCUGGGGCCGUAUGUAUCAAGCGUCUCAGAUUAGGAGUGCUGAUCUAGGAUCCACCUGUCCAUGUAAUCUUAUACAUUGUGAUCUAAAAGGCUAAAUGGAUCCUAAAUCAGAACUCCUACUCUGAACCACCUCUGUUACAUCCUGUUUGGAAAUACUUCUUCCUGUGCACCCUGUUGUAUUUGGAACACCAUAACAUAGACCAGUGGUGGCUAGUCACCUGGUCCAGCCACAACAUAGACCAGUGAUGGCUAGUCACCUGGUCCAGCCACAACAUAGACCAGUGGUGGCUAGUCACCUGGUCCAACCACAACCUAGACUAGUGGUGGCUAGUCACCUGGUCCAACCACAACAUAGACCAGUGGUGGCUAGUCACCUGGUCCAACCACAACCUAGACUAGUGGUGGCUAGUCACCUGGUCCAACCACAACAUAGACCAGUGGUGGCUAAUCACCUGGUCCAACCACAACAUAGACCAGUGGUGGCUAAUCACCUGGUCCAGCCACAACAUAGACCAGUGAUGGCUAGUCACCUGGUCCAGCCACAACAUAGACCAGUGGUGGCUAGUCACCUGGUCCAACCACAACAUAGACCAGUGAUGGCUAGUCACCUGGUCCAGCCACAACAUAGACCAGUGAUGGCUAGUCACCUGGUCCAGCCACAACAUAGACCAGCAGAAGCUAGUCACCUGGUCCAACCACAACAUAUACCAGCAGAGGCUAGUCAUCUGGUCCAACCACAACAUAGACCAGUGAUGGCUAGUCACCUGGUCCAACCACAACAUAUACCAGUGAUGGCUAGUCACCUGGUCCAACCACAACAUAGACCAGCAGAAGCUAGUCACCUGGUCCAACCACAACAUAGACCAGUGGUGGCUAGUCACCUGGUCCAGUCACAACAUAUACCAGUGAUGGCUAGUCACCUGGUCCAGCCACAACAUAUACCAGUGAUGGCUAGUCACCUGGUCCAGCCACAACAUAUACCAGUGAUGGCUAGUCAUCUGGUCCAGCAGCACUGGAUCAGGACUCCAGUGGGUACAUCACUUCUACACUACCUCCUCCUCUCUACCACAGCUUUCUGUAAAGGCUUGAUAUUUCUCUAACAGUGCUUUCUGUCCCUCAUUCCAACCCAAUGCCCACUGCCUCCCCUGUACCAUUCAAGACAGGAGCCGUCCACACAGAACAGUAUGUUCUCUCUUAAUUAACAACUGUUUAUCAGGACCAACAUUCAUAAAAAAAGAAUAUGGGUCUGUAUCAAUGAUUUUUGUCAUUCCAGCCCCAGAUAAUGAACCUGAAAGAAGAAGGCAGGUCUGUCAGAACCCGCUGGACGUGUACAGGCUCCAGUCAGACCUCCGGGGUGAAUGUCUCAUAAUAGACUGUGUGGGCAGUGAUGGAGGUGAGAGUCCACAUGCUGGGUCUACUGUAGAGACAGAUGGUACAUGCUGGGUCUACUGUAGAGACAGAUGGUACAUGCUGGGUCUAGUGUAGAGACAGAUGGUACAUGCUGGGUCUAAUGUAGAGACAGAUGGUACAUGCUGGGUCUAGUGUAGAGACAGAUGGUACAUGCUGGGUCUAGUGUAGAGACAUAUGGUACAUACUGGGUCUAGUGUAGAGACAGAUGGUACAUGCUGGGUCUAGUGUAGAGACAGAUGGUAUAUGCUGGGUCUAGUGUAGAGACAUAUGGUACAUGCUGGGUCUAGUGUAGAGACAGAUGGUACAUGCUGGGUCUAGUGUAGAGACAGAUGGUACAUGCUGGGUCUAGUGUAGAGACAGAUGGUACAUACUGGGUCUAGUGUAGAGACAGAUGGUACAUACUGGGUCUAGUGUAGAGACAGAUGGUACAUGCUGGGUCUAGUGUAGAGACAGAUGGUACAUACUGGGUCUAGUGUAGAGACAGAUGGUACAUACUGGGUCUAGUGUAGAGACAGAUGGUACAUACUGGGUCUAGUGUAGAGACAGAUGGUACAUACUGGGUCUAGUGUAGAGACAUAUGGUACAUGCUGGGUCUAGUGUAGAGACAGAUGGUACAUACUGGGUCUAGUGUAGAGACAGAUGGUACAUACUGGGUCUAGUGUAGAGACAGAUGGUACAUACUGGGUCUAGUGUAGAGACAGAUGGUACAUGCUGGGUCUACUGUACAGACAGAUGGUACAUGCUGGGUCUAGUGUAGAGACAGAUGGUACAUACUGGGUCUAGUGUAGAGACAGAUGGUACAUACUGGGUCUAGUGUAGAGACAGAUGGUACAUGCUGGGUCUACUGUAGAGACAGAUGGUACAUACUGGGUCUAGUGUAGAGACAGAUGGUACAUGCUGGGUCUAGUGUAGAGACAGAUGGUACAUGCUGGGUCUACUGUAGAGACAGAUGGUACAUACUGGGUCUAGUGUAGAGACAGAUGGUACAUGCUGGGUCUAGUGUAGAGACAGAUGGUACAUACUGGGUCUAGUGUAGUAACAGUGAUGAUGUAACAGUGAUGAUGUGUGUCAGUACCAGUGAUGAUGUAACAGUGAAGAUGUGUGUCAGUAACAGUGAUGAUGUGUGUCAGUAACAGUGAUGAUGUGUGUCAGUAACAGUGAUGAUGUAACAGUGAUGAUGUGUGUCAGUAACAGUGAUGAUGUGUGUCAGUAACAGUGAUGAUGUGUGUCAGUAAAAGUGAUGAUGUGUGUCAGUAACAUGAUGAUGUGUGUCAGUAACAGUGAUGAUGUGUGUCAGUAACAGUGAUGAUGUGUGUCAGUAACAGUGAUGAUGUGUGUCAGUAACAGUGAUGAUGUAACAGUGAUGAUGUAACAGUGAUGAUGUAACAGUGAUGAUGUGUGUCAGUAACAGUGAUGAUGUGUGUCAGUAACAGUGAUGAUGUGUGUCAGUAACAGUGAUGAUGUGUGUCAGUAACAGUGAUGAUGUGUGUCAGUAACAGUGAUGAUGUGUGUCAGUACCAGUGAUGAUGUGUGUCAGUAACAGUGAUGAUGUAACAGUGAUGAUGUGUGUCAGUAACAGUGAUGAUGUAACAGUGAUGAUGUGUGUCAGUAACAGUGAUGAUGUAACAGUGAUGAUGUGUGUCAGUAACAGUGAAAAUGUGUGUCAGUAACAGUGAUGAUGUGUGUCAGUAACAGUGAUGAUGUGUGUCAGUAACAGUGAUGAUGUGUGUCAGUAACAGUGAAAAUGUGUGUCAGUAACAGUGAUGAUGUGUGUCAGUAACAGUGAUGAUGUGUGUCAGUAACAGUGAUGAUGUGUGUCAGUAACAGUGAUGAUGUUCUUCUUCCCUCCAGACAUGUUGGAGGAGAUGUUCAGCUGGCUCCACUUCAAGGUGACCCUGGUUAAGUGGCUGGGUGUGGGGGAUACCCUGUCUCUCCUCAGGCAGGCUGGGUGUGGGGGAUACGGCUGCCCAACAGAGGGAGAACCAGGAUGUUGAUGCCUUCACUUGCUGCAUCAUCAGCCGUGGUACUGCCACAGACCUGCUGCAUCAUCAGCCGUGGUACUGCCACAGACCUGCUGCAUCAUCAGCCGUGGUACUGCCACAGACCUGCUGCAUCAUCAGGCGUUGUACUGCCACAGACCUGCUGCAUCAUCAGCCGUUGUACUGCCACAGACCUGCUGCAUCAUCAGCCGUUGUACUGCCACAGACCUGCUGCAUCAUCAGCCAUGGAACUGCCACAGACCUGCUGCAAUCAUCAGCCGUGGUACUGCCACAGACAUGCUGACAUCAAGCCGUGGUACUCGCACACAGACCUGUCUGCAUCAUCAGCCGUGGUACUGCCACAGACCUGCUGCAUCAUCAGCCGUUGUACUGCCACAGACCUGCUGCAUCAUCAGCCGUUGUAUACUGCCACAGACCUGCUGCAUCAUCAGCCGUUGUAACUGCCACAGACCUGCUGCAUCAUCAGCCGUUGUACUGCCACAGAACCUGCUGCAUCAUCAGCCGUUGUACUGCCACAGACCUGCUGCAUCAUCAGCCGUUGUACUGCCACAGACCUGCUGCAUCAUCAGCCGUGGUACUGCCACAGACCUGCUGCAUCAUCAGCCGUGGUACUGCCACAGACCUGCUGCAUCAUCAGCCGUUGUACUGCCACAGACCUGCUGCAUCAUCAGCCGUUGUACUGCCACAGACCUGCUGCAUCAUCAGCCGUUGUACUGCCACAGACCUGCUGCAUCAUCAGCCGUUGUACUGCCACAGACCUGCUGCAUCAUCAGCCGUUUUACUGCCACAGACCUGCUGCAUCAUCAGCCGUGGUACUGCCACAGACCUGCUGCAUCAUCAGCCGUGGUACUGCCACAGACCUGCUGCAUCAUCAGCCGUUGUACUGCCACAGACCUGCUGCAUCAUCAGCCGUUGUACUGCCACAGACCUGCUGCAUCAUCAGCCGUGGUACUGCCACAAACCUGCUGCAUCAGCAGCCGUGGUACUGCCACAGACCUGCUGCAUCAUCAGCCGUUGUACUGCCACAGACCUGCUGCAUCAUCAGCCGUGGUACUGCCACAGACCUGCUGGCUACAGACUCAUUAUACAUUUGACAUUUUAGUCAUUUAGCAGACGCUCUUUUCCAGAGCGACUUACAGUUAGUGAGUGCAUACAUUUUCAUACUCCCACAGGCAGAGCAAAGCACCUGCAACACCAGGGUCGUGGGUUCGAUUCGCGCUGGGGCCACCCAUAGGAAAAUUAUAUGCACGCAUGACUAAGUCACUUUGGAUAAAAGAGUCUGCUAAAUGGCAUAUCUUAGUAUAAUCAUUACAGGCUAGGUCUGACUCCCGAGUGGUGCAGUGGUCUAAGGCACUGCAUCGCAGUGCUAGCUGUGCCACUAGAGAUCAUGGUUUGAAUCUAGAAUCUUUCAUAGCCGGCCACAACCGGGAGAUCCAUGGGGCGACGCACAAUUGGCUCAGCGUCAUCCAGGGUAGGGGAGGGAAUGGCCGGCAGGGAUGUAGCUCAGUUGGUAGAGCAUGGCAUUUGCAACGCCAGGGUUGUGGGUUCGAUUCCCACGGGGGGCCAGUAUGAAAAAAUAAAUAAUGUAUGCACUCACUAACUGUAAGUCGCUCUGGAUAAGAGCGUCUGCUAAAUGACUAAAAUGUAAAUGUAAAUGUCUGCGUCUGGACACCUCUUCACCCUGACUGCUGCCCCGGGCUCACCUCUUCACCCUGACUGCUGCCCCGGGCUAACCUCUUCACCCCUGACUGCUACCCCAGGCUAACCUCUUCACCCUGACUGCUGCCCCGGGCUAACCUCUUCACCCUGACUGCUGCCCCGGGCUAACCUCUUCACCCUGACUGCUGCCCGCUACUCUCACCCUGACUGCUACCCAGGCAACCUCUUCACCUGACUGCUGCCCGGGCUACCUCUCCCCUGACUGCUGCCCGGCUAACCUCUCACCCUGACGGCGGCUAACCUCUUCACCCGACUGCUGCCCGGCAAGCCCAACUGUUCUUCAUCCAGACCUAUAGCGUGUCAGACCCCCAGGACUGCUCCUUCAGGCCGACAGAACACCUUGCUCACAGGGAGGAGGACCUGCUGGAGACUGACGGGUCUGAGGGGUAUCCCAGUGUGGAGUCAGUCCCCACAGACGCAGGUCUGAGGGGUUUCCCAGUGUGGAGUCAGUCCCCACAGACGCAGACGUCUUCUGGUGCCACUGUUGGACUGGUGAGGAUCAGCUGGAGUACCUGCAGGCCCUGA